AGAGACGAAAAAAGUUGCCCCUGGUCAUGAAAAAAAAAACUAUCGGAAGCACGAGAGAGUCCAGAAAUCACCAAGAAAAAUCCAGAGGGCGGACAUUCCUUUAAGCCUGGAAUUCGCUUUUUAUCUCCCGAAGCAAGAUGGUUGUAUCGCUUGUACAAAGGGAGAGUUUGUAGGCUAAAUCUUACGGAUAUAGUCUCUUAAAGUUGUCAGAAUAUUCGCGGAUUGGCAGUGGACUAAGUUGUCCAACUUUCGAGUCGCUAACUUGCCACCAGAAGGCUAAUUUACUCAAGGCGGCUGCGGAAGAAAGGUAAUCGGCGAUCACUGCCCAGACCAGCACGAAGUAGGACGAUGUCAACUGAAGAAAGAUAUAAGUUGGUGGUCGUGGGCGGUGGAGGUGUGGGGAAAAGCGCCCUCACUAUUCAGUUCAUUCAGUCGUACUUUGUGUCGGACUAUGACCCAACCAUUGAAGAUUCAUACACUAAAAUCUGCACCGUGGAUGGAGAGGAGACACGAUUAGACAUCCUGGACACAGCAGGACAAGAAGAGUUCGGAGCGAUGAGAGAGCAGUACAUGCGCUCCGGAGAGGGUUUCUUACUGGUGUUUGCUCUUAAUGACAGUGGCAGUUAUGAUGAAAUUCAGAAAUUUCACACUCAGAUAUUGCGGGUGAAGGAUCGAGAUGAUUUUCCUAUGGUUCUUGUUGGCAACAAAUCAGAUCUUGACCAGCAGAGAGUGAUCUCAAGAGAUGAGGCAAUGUCGUUUGCCCGAGAAAACAGGAUCCACUAUAUGGAAUCAUCAGCUAAGAACCGCCACAAUGUGGAUGAAGCCUUCAUGGAGGUUGUGCGAGCAAUAAGGAAGUUUCAGGAGACAGAAAGUCCACCGCUCCCUGCUAAUCACGCGGGGAAGCAGAAGAGUGGUGGCUGUCCCUGCACCCUCCUCUGACUGCCCCUCUGCACUGUUGCCUAGGAGACUGAAGCCCUCACGCUCACGUCUGGUUUCUUAUAUGUCUACACGGAGUGUGUGUGUGUGUGUGUGGCGCUGUAUGCAUCAGUGUUUUAUUGGCUUUUACAGUAUGUAUGAAUUGGUUUUCAAGAAGAAACUAGACUAUAAAAUAAGAGUGAACCGUGAAUCUGUUGGAAAGAGGGAGUUCUUGUUUCAUCCACGUGUGCCUUGUAAAAUCAUGCUCUUGAUUUUAGAUUCAAGCACAGUAUUUGUUUAUUUCCGACCACAGUAUGAGGUCACAGACUGAUUGUGUGCCACAAAAGAGAUUUUUUUUUUUAAUUCACCACUGAGGUGGUGAACAGUAGCAACAAUGCAUUUUUUAACAACCACAUAAGCAAUCACAGGCUGUGCUGACAGAGCUUCUGAUGGUUCUUAUGUCAUCUGUAUGUCAUAUUGGGUUACUGACUCAAAAAAAAAAAGACAAAGUAUUUUAUCGGCCCAUAUCUCUUUUCAGCCUGUCUUCUCUUGGGAGAUUCAUUUAGUCAGUGAAACUGCAAUGAAAUGGCUGCUCUAAUCUAUACCUUGCUUCCCAUCAGUGGCAAAAAAUAUAUUCAGCCAGCUUGUUUUCAUUUAUCUCUUCCUUGUAAAGCAAUGUGGAAUGAUUAAGACCUGAUGUGAUUUUAAUAAUUGAGUAUUUUAGUGUAGACAGUACUGUCGAAACCGUGGGUCCAGUAUCUGAAAUGCUAGUAUUCAUACAAACCAAAGGCUAUAAUGUACAUGUUUGCACACCUAGCUUUGUCAUCGCGAAUAGUUUUCUAAUGUAGUUUAACACUAAAAUGGACGAAUUGUGUAGUUUUAUUGUGGAAUUUUAUUUUGAUCUGUUUUUUCGUUUCGAUUUGAUGUCUUUUUGAAGGUACUUCUAUUUGUGCAUAUAUGCAGAAUAAGGCAGUCUGUCUCCAGGUUCACAUGCUAUUGUAUGUGACAAGCUUGUGAUUUUUGCACCUUCAUUCAUAGACCGUGAUGAAAAAGCGAAACAGGGGAAUUGCCAAAUAAAUGUACUAACAAAGCAUGGUAUUAAUCUGUUGUAAGGGAAUGAGUCACUCUGUAAAUAGGUAGAAAGGCCUAGUUUAGGGUGAGAAAAAUCAAGACUAGGUGAUUCUUCCUUUUCACACUAUAGCAGUUUUUAUGGUAUACACUCGUCUCUCGAUGGAGUGGCUACACAGCCUUUAAUCAAGGGACAUGGAUUUAUUUUCAAACUGUGGCAAAUUCUGUUGUAGAUCAGGUUUGUCAGAUGCAAAUUAGAACAAAGCACUAUUUAAUUUGCAUUGGUAAUUACACAAUAUGGUAACAGGAUGAUUCUCAUUUAUAUUUCAAUAUCAUUUCAUGUCUUAAGUCUGAUUAUGUCAGUUUUUUAUUAUUUAAGCUAUGUUUUUGUUGGCUCUGGAGAAAUAUCAGACACCAUUAAUCUUCCAGUUUUGUAUCUAAAUCUAACAAUAUUCUUUUGUACACAAUUAAAACAUGUCUUUAAACC